UCCAAGCUCAACUUCAGGAAGGCGGUGAUCCAGCUCACCACCAAGACCCAGCCUGUGGAGGCAACAGAUGAUGCUUUCUGGGACCAGUUCUGGGCAGACACAGCCACUUCAGUGCAGGAUGUCUUUGCCCUUGUACCAGCUGCAGAGAUCCGAGCAGUAAGAGAAGAAUCCCCUUCAAACUUGGCGACUUUGUGUUAUAAGGCUGUGGAGAAGUUGGUGCAGGGAGCAGAGAGCGGCUGCCACACGGAGAAGGAGAGGCAAAUCGUCUUGAACUGCUGCCGGCUCCUCACCCGUAUUCUGCCUUACAUCUUCGAGGACCCAGACUGGAGAGGUUUCUUCUGGUCAACUGUCCCUGGAGCUGGCCGAGGAGGGGGAGAUGAAGACGAUGAAAAUGCCCGGCCACUGGCCGAGUCGUUGCUCCUUGCUGUUGCAGAUCUGCUCUUCUGUCCCGAUUUCACUGUGCAGAGCCACCGGAGGAGCACGGUGGACACAGCAGAAGAUAUCCACUCCAUUGACAGCUGUGAGUACAUCUGGGAGGCAGGAGUGGGCUUUGCUCAUUCUCCACAGCCUAACUACAUCCAUGACUUGAAUAGGACAGAGCUGCUUAAGCUGCUGCUGACCUGUUUCUCUGAGGCCAUGUAUCUGCCUCCCUCCUCCGACAGCAGCAAUGCCAACCCCUGGGUGCAGUUCUUCUGCUCUACAGAGAACAGACAUGCGCUCCCGCUCUUCACCUCGCUGCUGAAUGUCGUCUGUGCCUACGACCCGGUGGGUUAUGGGAUCCCUUACAAUCAUCUGCUUUUCUCUGACUACCGUGAGCCCUUGGUGGAGGAGGCAGCCCAGGUGCUGAUUGUCACUUUGGACUAUGACAGCUCCACCAGUUCAAGUCCCACCGUGGAUGGCACAACCACUGGCACGGCCAUGGAUGAUGUGGAUCCUCCUGGACCAGACAAUCUGUUUGUGAAUUACCUCUCAAGAAUACACCGAGAGGAGGAUUUCCAGUUCAUCCUGAAAGGAGUGGCCCGCUUGUUAUCAAACCCGCUGGUCCAGACCUACCUGCCAAACUCUGCCAAGAAGAUCCAGUUCCAUCAGGAGCUCCUCGUCCUCUUCUGGAAACUCUGUGACUUCAACAAGAAAUUCCUCUUCUUUGUGCUGAAGAGCAGUGAUGUUCUGGAUAUCCUUGUCCCAAUCUUAUAUUUUCUCAAUGAUGCCAGAGCAGACCAGUCGCGAGUGGGCUUGAUGCACAUUGGGGUUUUUAUCCUCCUGCUUCUCAGUGGGGAGCGUAACUUUGGGGUUCGACUGAACAAGCCGUAUUCUGUAAGAGUGCCUAUGGACAUCCCUGUCUUCACAGGGACACAUGCAGAUCUGCUCAUCAUAGUCUUUCACAAGAUCAUAACCAGCGGGCAUCAGCGGCUGCAGCCUCUCUUUGACUGCCUGCUCACCAUCGUUGUGAACGUGUCUCCAUACCUGAAGUCUCUCUCCAUGGUGGCUGCUAACAAGUUACUGCAUCUCCUGGAGGCUUUCUCCACCACCUGGUUCCUGUUCUCUGCUGUCCAGAACCAUCAUCUCGUUUUCUUCUUGCUGGAAGUUUUCAACAACAUCAUUCAGUACCAGUUUGAUGGGAACUCAAAUUUGGUCUAUGCCGUUAUCCGCAAACGGAAUGUGUUUCACCAGCUGGCCAACUUGCCCACAGACUCACAGUCCAUCCAGAAAGGUCUGCAGCGCAAGAAGAAAACCCCUGAGCCUAUUUCUCGCACCAACUCCCAGGAUGGGGUCUCCAUGGAAGGGUCACGUCCUGCUGCCCCUGCUGGACCAGGGACGCUCAAGACAAGUUUGGUUGCUACUCCAGGAAUUGACAAGCUCACGGAGAAGUCACAGGUUUCGGAGGAUGGGACCAUGCGUUCACUGGAGCCCGAAUCCUCACAGCCUUCACCAGAGGGUAACCAGCCCUCGGCUGAGGCAUCACAUCCCCGACGGGAUCGAAGGCGUCUCUCUAGUGCAUCCUCCAGUGGACAGUGGACCCCAACUCCUGACUGGGUGAUGUCUUGGAAGUCAAAGCUUCCCCUGCAGACAAUCAUGCGGCUCUUACAGGUGCUGGUCCCUCAGGUGGAGAAGAUCUGCAUUGACAAGGGUCUCACUGAUGAAUCAGAGAUCCUCAAGUUCUUGCAGCAUGGCACACUGGUGGGACUGCUCCCUGUACCUCACCCCAUCCUCAUCCGCAAGUACCAGGCUAACUCGGGUACUGCCAUGUGGUUCCGGACCUACAUGUGGGGAGUUAUUUAUUUGAGGAAUGUGGAUCCCCCUAUCUGGUAUGACACGGAUGUGAAGCUGUUUGAAAUUCAACGGGUCUAAGAGAGCACUUACCUCUACUAAGAGAAAUACACUGGAUCUAAGGACUGCUGUGUGCUGCUUUGUCACAGCUAAUCCUUCAUUUCACAUCCAGCUGAGAGACCAAAAGGACAAUCACUUCAUUUACCUCCCUGCCAUUUAAAGCUUUAAUUGGGACCUGCUUAGACAGCCCUCCCCCCAGCUCACUUCUCUUCCCUCACCCUUCACCCUGAGCCUUGAGUGAAAGAUGUCUAAGGGAUUGUCCAUUGUUGUGGUUGCACUAGAAAUCAAACUGUUCUUAGCUCUUCUGUUACUCUUUUGCUCCUGGAUCUGGUUUGGAAACCAAUCUGAUCCUGUCCUUGCCCUGGUCAGAGUCAGCAUUUAAUUGAGAAAGACUAGCUGUAAAUUUGGUGCAAGGGAGAAGCUGCUAUUUCUGCAGGAGAUGGGGUUUGGAAACUGCAGUUGCUUUCACGUGGCUUCAUGAAGUUUCCAGGGCAUCCCUUCUGGCUGCAGACGUCUCCCUGGUGUCUCAGUUGUGUUUUGGUAAGGAAGUCUUUCCCAUACAAAUGAAAGUAGAAGUUGCGGAAGGAAAACUUUUGUGUCUCAGUUCUGAAUCUCUCUACUCCUUUCCUGGA